UUCGUUCGUUACUCAUAUCUUCCAAAGCAGCCCGAGGAAUUGUCGCAGCUAGUAAGUAUAUUUUACUACAACGAUUUCUUCUAAAUGAGGGGUAAAAAUUCACAGUUACCACUGUACAUAUAUAACUAGGCUCAAUACAUUAAUUAAACUUUUUAUGAAUUUACAAAUAUCACGAACAUUAUUUCAGUGAAUAUGAAUACACCUCACUGGAGUGUUGCUCGUUGGGUUUUGAUUGCUUUUUGGCUUGUCACCUCGUUGCAGCGAUCUGGUAAUUUUAGCUAAUUAAGUUUCCACAUAAUCUUCAUUUAUCUAAAGUGUAUAACAUCUUCAUUGUCGAUGGUAGUACUGGCACAUCAAAUAACGCAUUUUUUCCCCGCAGACGCAAUCCGUUGGACAAAACAGCCUGAGAAACCAACGAUCCUGGAAGAAGGCCGUUCUUUAGUGCACCUUGUCUGGAAAUUUCUGAUUGAAGGAACCUCUGAAGGGGCCGAAAUUCUUCGAGGUGUCACAUUUCGAAGGCAAAGGGAUGCUGGUGAUUCACCAGUAGUUAUUGCAAGCAACAGGAACGGAGGAGCUUUUACUGUUUUUCCGCAAUUUCGUUCAAACUACAAUGCCAUAGUUCCAGCUACACUAAUUCUGUUAAGAGCCGUGGCCAACGAGCCUGAUUUCAUCUACUCAAUCGAGGUAUCUUUCCUCAGAAAUAAUCUCCCUCAGCCGGGGUUUAGAGAUGCAGUGCAAGUUAUAGUUCGUGGUAAAGGCUCGUGUUUCUCCCGAUUUCCACCAUUUUCUUUCAAAACAGCAUGUGAAACAACGAUGUACGCUUUCAUUCCCUUUCCUUUCAAGUCUAACUUAUUGCGCCCUCUUUAUUUUCAUCAUCUUGUAAAGAAAGCCAUUACUCAAACCUUCCGUUAGUCAAAUCGCGUUCUUUGUGAGAGUGAUCUAAAACCAAACACACUUUAGAUCACCUAUGCCUAUUUUUAUCUCCCCUGAAUCAUUACGCUCCACGAGUCGGGACUGAAAAAGACAGCGUGAGUCGAUCGGUGCAGCCACGCCUUUAAAUAUGGCAGAUAUUCGAAAGAGCACCGCGGUACUUGUUAAAGCACUGUUUGCGGAGGACUGUUUAGGGAAGCAUGUCUAUCCCCUGAAACUUCUCUUUCCAAAUACUAUAAGAGAUCCUUUGUUCAAAAUGAUAAGAAUAGCAUAAAACCGUAAUUAACUAACAAAAGUUAGCUUUCUCUUCAAUUAUGAAUUAUAUAUUGACCCUCGAGUAUAGUCAUCGUUUUGGUUUAAUUCGACUCCCUUGAAGAACGGUUUUCGUGCCACAUUUAACAAGCACUAACAAGUUGGAGGUCAGAUAUCAUGAUUUACUGAGAUAACUCACUUUAAGAGUGAAACUUAUAUUGCCUUUUUCACUUUGGCCGAAACUUAUGAAUUUUCUUACACCGCGGGACAACCACGAAACACUUUGUGCUCUGGGCCAGAGAAACCACCGGAAACGUAGUUCCGAUCAGCAAGAAACAUGCAUGAAUCAUCAACAUAAUAGAGUAACCAAUACAGUCCAACAUCUCUGUAUAACGGAUGCGGCAAUAAAUUGUUAUCAAAACAGAAUAUUUGCCAUAAAAUACCUGAGAACCCAAAUUAAAGUUCUAUUUGUAACACGAAGAUAUAUUUUUUAGCAACUACUAUAAUUUGCAGUCUGUCUACUUUGAAUUUAAUUUGUAAUUGCAUGGAGUGGAUGGUAUGGUGGACCGUUGAGUUUGGUACGUUUUCAUAACGUAGCUGGCGUUUUUUGGGUGACACUAGCAUGAAAACGGGCCUUGCGGGCUGCGAGUCUGAUAUCAAAUCGUACCAAUGUUCACUUAACCAAUGCAAGACGUUCCUUGAUGAUUACAUUCGUCAUUUCCUUACCGCAAAAAAAAUCAGGUUCCAUCAAUGCUUGACCAUAACAGCUGAGCGAUAACCCCACUUACACCCUUAGCAGAAUAUUGAAUCACUGAAAACUCUCAGUAGACAUAUUAUUCUAUCUUGAGGAAAUCAUGAUAUCAUUCUGAACGUGCACAGCGUUCAUGAUCAGUCAGCUCAGAAUGAUGCGCCUACAGGCUUUUCUACUACUGAUUUUAUGCCAUAUAUAUCCCUUCUUAAUUGUGCAUGUUGAAAAUUGUUUUUCUUCAGCUGACCCAAGAGCCAUAGUGGCUCUUGGCUGACCCUAUCAGUAACGGCUUUUAAGUUGUGAUCUUGACAGGGUGGAAAGCAAGCAUGAAAAUUAAAUUAGAGCGUUUGUAUGAGAUUAUAAAUAAUUUUUGUGAAAGUCUAGCCUAGCUCCAGAGGUCUGUUCUCGGAAUAUGUAGGUUAAAAUAAACGCCUGGUGCUCACAGUUUGAUUAGGCUCCCGAAAUGGAACUCUGGUCACUCGAGCAAGUAAUCUCGUUUCCAUGCUAGAAAUCAGUUCAGAAUCUGAACUGAGUGUCGCCGAUUAGUUACUCCCAUGUCGGCCGCGAACUAUCAGGAAUAAGGUUAGAAAAAACAAAACCUCUAGCACCAAGGGAAGUGGGUAGCUUUUUAAAGGAAAAGGUAAUGGCAGACUAAAAGUACUAACAAACAAAAAUUGAGGGCCGAACUUGCUCUAGAAUCGCUUCUUUAACUAUUUUUUUUAAAAAUAAAAAGUUAAAAAGCAUUCUGGCAUAAUUUGUUUUUUGGUUCAUUCGUUUUAUGCUUUGCUGGCUAAUUUUUUUGAAAAAAUCUUUGUUAUUUACAAUAACAUGUAUUAAUUGAAAUACAAGUCUUCCUGCUUUCUCCAUCAAGUGAAUAAAAAUCUUCAUCACUUCUCCUUUUUAGCACGUUCAUGCAGCCGCUAUUUCGUUCUUGAGAGUUCUGACCGUAAUGUGGCAAAUACUGAUCAAAAGAACUUGAGAUGUGACCCGAGAGACCUGAUCAUGGGUGGUUAUACCGACUGGUAUCGUUUCAAAGGCGCAGCUGGCAUCAGAAUGCCAACAUUCUGUGUACCAACACGGCGUUGUGGUACGCACGCGCCGGGUUGGCUUAACGGUUCACACCCAUCAGUAAGAGAAGGCGUUGUCACUCGUCGAGUUUGUUACCACUGGGGUUCCAACUGUUGCAACUGGAAAAACGAUAUUCAGAUCCAAAACUGUGGCGCUUUCUAUGUGUAUCGGUUAGUUAAGCCUCCUCUGUGUUAUCUGCGGUACUGCGCUCACAAUCAAAGUAAGUUUUUUUCUUUGCUUUCUCUCUAGCUGUUAUCCAAAGAGUUCUUGCACCAUUUACUUCAACUGGAACUGUACAUUAA